CUGCUGCCUUGGCAAGUAAUUUUGGUAAGAACAUUGAUGCCAAAGUUAUUUCUGCCCUCGGUAAUGAAAGCACCAGCUUGUCCAUAAGCCAGAUAAAGUCUUUGAAGCCUUCAGACUUGGUGGAUUCUCUCAACAUUCUCAGCAAUGUGAUUGGUUGGAGAAAAGGACAGGCCAAAGCCAUUGUCCUGUCUUUGCUGUCGUCAGGAUUUGUACAGAUCAACAGUUCAGCCUCGCUGCUAAACCUGGGCUCCCUCAUCUCUGGCGUACCAUCAACUGUGUUCAGCAGCAUCAGCGGCUCUGAUCUUGUCACUGUAUCCAGAAACCCCUCAGUCCUGUUCUACAUCCUGUCUGCUCCACAGAUUGUUCAGCUGACUUUUGUGAUACAGAUUAUAUAUUUAAACACCAACAGUUUGCAGAUCAUAGAAAAUGUUCCAGAUAAUUUGGCUACUGAGAUUCCUGGAGUUUACCUGCUGCAGUUCCCAAAUGACAUCAGCACGGUCAUCAAACUAAAUAGAAAGAAAUGGAAACCCCAACAGGUUGCACUGUUCUUUGAUAUAAUAGCAGCAAACUCUGAGACAGCUGAGCUGGGAGGUCCAAACACCUUGUCCUCCUCUGUGCUACAAGGGUUUACAUGCACAACAGUAAGAUCUUUAGGAAAAAGGCAAAUCAAGAAUCUGAUUAAAGCCUGUCGGAGAAAAGGGACAAACAAGGUUCCAUUGGUGGAGACUCAGCUGACCUGCAUGUACAACCAAAUCAAAGAAGAGUCAGAUGCCACCAGUUUUUCCCUCUAUCCUCCAGAUGUGUUACUUUACUAUGAUUACUCUCUGGUGCCACGGAGCAGCUGCAGGUCUUAUUUUCAAGAGUUGGCUGAUGCCGACUUUUCCAUCUUUUCUCCAGCACUGACAUACAGACGGUCUGCUUUGUUUGAUAAUGCAAGGAACUGCUUGGGAAUAACUAGCACAAGUUUAACUGAGGAUAAUGUAUCAGUUUUGGGGAACAUGUGCUGCAUUCUUGAUGGCUCCUACAUCCAAAACUCUCAUCCAUCUAUACUGGAACAACUCAAGAACUGUCCAGAUCUCACUGUUGGUCAAUCAACUGCAGGUAUAACCCUUCUGACCAAUGGAAAUACACCUUAUGGAGAUCCUUCAACAUGGAGUGAACAAACUCUAAAAGACCUUGGGAUGCUAACUCUGCAUUUGCCUUCAUCUUUCUAUCAGCACUUUGAUCAGGACACAAAGCGUAAGUUCUUGAAAUACUUUCUGAAAGUCUUUGGUGGAGUGAGCAGAGAACAGAGGAAGCAGCUGAAGAAGGAGAUAAGACAGUCCAUCAAAAGUGAUUCAGAACAAACUGCAGAGUGCACAGUUGGAAUAAUCACUCAGGUCACAAUCAGUGACCCCACCUUCCCCUUUGACUAUAACAUCAACCAAUUCAACAACUGUCUGUCAGUUUCAACCACCAAAGACAACUUGGAUGCCAUCACAGAAAAGGUGGAUGAGGUGGAAUACCUCAGGAUUGUUCUCCAGAAACUGCAAGAGGCUGACAACUUCAUCAUCCCAGAAGAUCAGGUUCAGCUCCUAAGUGCAGCUUCUCGUGUUGCCACAGUUCAAGAUAUUCGUUCAUGGACCAUCAGUAAAAUCGACACGCUUGCUGCUUUGAUGGACUCUUCAAGUGGAGGCUGGGACCCAAACGUAGCUAAGGUUAUCAUCUCUAAGUAUCUGGCUGUUGGAGGAAACAAACUAGGCAGUGCAGAGCUGAAUGUUAUUGGGGGACCAAAUCUCUGUUCUCUAGAUGUGGACAUCAUCAGGACUAUUUCAUCACAAAACUUCAGAGAAGUUGACUCUCUGGACAUCUCUAGCUGCACUACUGAAAAAAAGGAAGAGUUUUUCCGUAUCUCCUUUGAAGCAUUCAGCCUUACAACAAGCUCAGUUUCUGUUUUUCAGCUCAUACAACCAUACAUUGGAGGUGCAAAUGUUAAUUAUAUUCGUAGUUUGGUGGUCUCUGAUGUUAACAUGGACCUGGCCACCUUCACCAGUUUGGAUGAAAACGUUGUGCUGAGUCUAACUGCAAGGGAAGUUAAAGGUCUCCUCGGCACCAACCUCCCAGAUUUGAAGUCUUAUGAAAACCAAACUCUGGUGCAGACCUGGAUCAGAAGUCAAAACCAGUCUGAACUUGAUAUUCUAAGAUUGGGCUUCCUAGAAGGCAAAGUUGAUCCCACAAUUCCUCCAUAUAACAGUUCUACAACAACUUUGUUACCAACAACAACUACUGUAACUGGAGUUAAUCCAUCACCAUCAACCACAACUGAACCUCCAACUUUAGGAUCUACAUCAGCUUUAUCACCUACAACAACUAAUGUAACUGGAAUCAAACCAUCACCAUCAAGCACAGCUCCACCUCCAAACUUAGGUUCUACAUCAACUUUAUCACCAACAAGUAAUGUAACUCAAUUCAAACCAUCACCAGCAAGCACAGCUCCACCUCCAACCUUAGGUUCCACUACAACUUUAUCACCAGCAACAACUAAUGUAACUGGAUUCAAACCAUCACCAGCAAGCACAUCUGAACCUACAACUUUAAGUUCUACAUCAACUUUAUCACCAACAAGUAAUGUAACUCAAUUCAAACCAUCACCAGCAAGCACAGCUCCACCUCCAACCUUAGGUUCCACUACAACUUUAUCACCAACAACAACUAAUGUAACUGGAUUCAAACCAUCACCAGCAAGCACAGUUCCACCUCCAACUGUAGGUACUACAACAACCACAUCAACAACAAACAUCGUAUCUGGAACUACAAGGCUUCCAACAAUUUUAACAUCAACAACUUCUCAACCAGCAUCAAUGCCUUCAACAACUUCUACAACAACCAUUCUUCCAAAAAUGACCAGUCGUGCAACUCCAGAUAUCUACUCUAAACAGUGCCAAGUUAUCACAGCAAAUGAGUCAAAUACAUGUGUUGGAGUAAAAAGCACAGAUCUUCAAGUCUUCCUCGACAGUGGAAAGAUGAACGGACGCUUCUGUAACUUUUCUGUGGAAGAGUUUGCUUGCGCCUCUCUUUCAGCCUUAACAGCACAGGACCUGGUAGAGAUUAUGAAGUGUGAUCUGUCAUCAAACUCAAGUGGGUCCAUAUCGGCCUGGAAUCUUCUCUUCUGUAAAACUUCCAGGAUCCUGAAUGCAGCUCUGAAUCUUUUGACCACUGCAACAAUCAACCCCAACAAUCCUGCAGUGUCAGUGAUUUUGGACAGCAUUCAAGCAAUCAGUCCAGAUCUUUUCAGCACAAACACACUGAAUAAUCUCACUGAGCUGCAGCUGUGGUUUAACGUUCGCCUUCGCCCGUUCUUGCCUGCUGUUUCCACCAACUUUCUCUCAAUUCUAGCAACGAAGGAUUUGCAGUGCAGCUCCUACCAAUAUAUCUUGCAAAUAUUUAGUAAAGUACAACCCCAGAUGACUCUUUCUAAGCAAGAAUCUGUGUACACACAAUUCAUCAAGAUCUACCUGAGUCGAAAGGAUACUGCAGCCGCAGCACCAAAAUGCUAUGACAGCAACAAUCCAGAACUGAAAUCUACAGCCUGGUUUGCAGAGUACAUCAGCUCUUUCAUCACUUUUCUCACUGUGGUGGAUCUUAAGUCAUUUGGAUCUGAACAGGUUCUGCAAGUGUUCACAGUGAAUCCUCUGAAUAUUGCUCUUCUCAGUCAGCCCAACGUGGAUCUGACAUUAAUUAGCUACUACACUCAGUUAGUUUAUCAGCAAGUCAGCAACUUUAAUCCACUCCUUCUUCCUUCAGUGAGUCAGUGCUACGCUCCUGGUCCUGUGUUCACCCAGCUGAAUGCAACAGUCAGUAUGACAGUUUAUGAAGCCCUCAAUGAGGUCUGCACUAGCCUGGAUGAGCAGAUCUCUGCUGCCUUGACAAGUAACUUUGGGCAAAAGAUUGGCUCUAAUGUCAUUGCUGCCAUUGGUAAUGGAAGUUCCAGUUUGUCCACUAGCCAGAUAAAGACUAUAACCGCUUCAGACCUGAUGAAAUCCCUAAGCACUCUCAGCAUUGUGACUGGUUGGCGAGAAGGACAGGCUAAAAUCAUCAUGCAAACUCUGCUGACCUCAAUGAAGAUCGACAGCUCAUCGUCACUCUCACAGCUGGGCACUCUUAUCGUUGGUUUACCCUCCAACACGUUCAGCAGCAUCAUCAGCUCAGAGCUUAUCGCUGCAGCCAAAAAUCCAUCAUUUGUAGCAAACAUGAUGAAUGCUCCUCAGAUUCUUCAGCAGAAUUUUGUUUACCAGAUUGUAUUAUCAGACUCCAACAGUUUGAAAGUCAUAGACAAUGUUCCAGAUCAACUGGCCACUCAAGUCCCUCGAGUUUACCUGCAGCAGUUUACAGGUGACGCCAGCACCAUCACCAAACUCAACAAGAAAACAUGGAAACGAGAGCAGGUUGAGUUGUUCUUUGAUGUUAUAGCAGCAGGCUCUGCUACCACUGUGUUGGGAGGUCCAAACAGCUUGUCCUCAUCUGUGCUGCAAGGGUUCACAUGCACUGGAGUAAGUCAGUUUGAAAGGAAGCAGGUCAAAGACCUGGUAAAAGCCUGCCGGAGAAAGGGAUUGAACAAGGUGCCACUGUUGGAGACUCAGCUGACCUGCAUGUACAACUACAUUAGAACAGAGCCAGAUGUCACCAGGUUUGACCUUUACCCUCCAGAUGUGCUGCUGUACUAUGAUUACUCUCUGGUGACACAGAGCAGCUGCAGGUCAUAUUUUCAAGAGCUGGCAGAUGCAGACUUCUCUGUUUUCUCUUCAGUCCUCAGCUACAAACUGACUGCUCUGUUUGACAAUGCAAGGAGCUGCCUGGGAAUACCAAACACAACAGGUUUGACGGCAGAUCAAGUAUCAGUUUUGGGAAACAUGUGCUGCAUGCUCGAUGGUUCCUACAUUAAAAGCUCUGACCCAUCCAUCCUGGAAAAACUCAAAAACUGUCCAGAUCUCACUGCUGCUCAGGCAGCUGCAGUUGUAACCCUUCUGACCAAUGGAAAUACACAAUACGGAACUCCUUCAAAGUGGAAUCAGACAACUCUGACAAACCUGGGGAUGUUCCCUUUGUAUUUGCCUACAUCUUUCUAUGAUAAUUUUGAUAAAAGCACCAAGGUCACUUUUUUGAAAUCCUUCUUAAAAGUUAUCAAGGACAACAAAGUGAGCAGAUUUAAGAGAAGGCAGCUGAAGGAAGUAAUAAGACAGUCCAUCAAAAAUAGGUCAAAGAGAUCUACAGACUGUACAGUGGGGAAUAUCACCCAGGUCACCAUCAGUGACAGCACCUUCCCCCUGGACUAUGAUGUUACCCAGUUUAAUAACUGUCUAUCAAAUACAGUUGUUAAAGACAAUUUUGAUGCCAUCACAGAAAAAGUUGAUGAAGUGGAAUACCUUAAAAUCGUUCUCCAAAAACUCGGAGAGGCUUACAACUUCAGCAUCCCAGAAGAUCAGGUUCAAGUUUUAGGUCCAGCAUCCCGUGUUGCUACCAUUGAUGACAUCCGCUCAUGGACCAUCACUCAAGUGGACACACUUUCUGCUUUGAUGGACUCAUCAAACGGGGACUGGGAUCCAAGUUUGGCAAAAGUAAUCAUCUCCAAAUAUCUGGCUGUGGCAAGAAACUCACUUGGUAGAGCAGAACUGAAUGCAAUCAAAGGACCUAACCUCUGCUCUCUUGAUCUGAGCGUCAUCCAGUCAAUUUCUUCUCAAAACCUCAAAGAAGCUGAAGCGCUUAAUGUUAACAGCUGCACCCUAGAGGCAAAGAAAGAACUUUUCAACAUUUCUAGUCAAUCAUCUAGAGCCAUCACACGGAAAUCUCCCUCUUACCUGCUCAUGAAACAAUUCCUUGGAGGUGCACCUCUUGACUACAUCCGAGGUUUGGCGUCUUCCAACAUUAGCAUGGACCUGGAAACCUUCAGUAAUUUGGAUCCAAACGUUGCGCUGAGUUUAACUGUCAAUGAAGUAAAAGGUCUACUUGGCACCAACCUGCCAGAUGUGAAGUCUUAUGAAAACCAACCACUGGUACAGGCCUGGAUCAGAAGUCAGUUACAGUCAGAGCUAGACACUCUGGGUCUGAAUCUGUCUGGAGGCAGAGCUGACCCGGUAACCACCCCCACAACCCCAACCAGUUCAGGAACUGCAACAGCUGGAUCAGGGGGUUCUACAACUACAGGUAGCGGAGUACGAAUCCAAGCAGACAUCGGCUUCUCCUUCCUUGUUUUUCUGGCAAUCCUCCUCACUUCUCAGCUCAUCACUGUCUGAACCAUGCUCUGAAUCAUUGGAUUACAAAAUCUUUUUUUCAUUAAGAGAGAAAAAUGUUAUUAUUGGUGACUAAUUGAUGUAAAAUAACGUUAAGGAUGUUCUUUGUGAUUAAAAUUUCUCCUAAAUAAUACCAGGUUUAUAAUACCAGCUAAAGGAUUAUCUUGAAUUACUGUAGGCUAAAUGUUAGAUAAUCUGUUUCUUUAUUUCGUUCCAUGCUUUUUGAAUUUAUGACAUAACACAUUCUAGCUCCAAAUGACUUUACUACUCUACUUUACUUUGCAAAUUACUAUUGUAAAACUAACAAUAAACAUGUUAUACUACAUGUUAUUGGAAGUUUCUUUAAAAAAAAUUUAAAUUAUUUUUUUCUAUCUGUUACCAAAAUUAAUGUGGUGUACUGUAAAAAAUUAAUAAAUAAAAGCAUUAAAAUAAAAAGGACCGGUGCAUUUUUAAGUCUGCAGUUGACUAAUUGGUAGGUGUGGCCUACCUACCAGACAUGGCGAUGGAAAACUGCGGAGUGGAGGACAAUUACUCUAUCCUAAAAACGAGUCAAUGCCUAAAAAAUAAAGUUCCUUGGUUUUGUUUGACAACACACCAAGAAUUCUACAAAACUGAUUGAUUUUGACUCAUAAAGACAACUUUUGUUUUCUCUUAAAAAAAGGAAUAAACAUUUCAUUACAUUCUUGUAAAGCUGACUGACCAGUAACGCUUUAUAAUAAG